CAAAGUAAUAUGAGUCGAUGGCAAGUCAGAAAGAUUAUAAUUUUCAAAUACCAGAGAACAUAAAAUUGAUUUAUCUAAUUAUACUAAUUCAUUUAUUAACUUGUAGAUGUACUUAUUUACGUAUAUAUAUUUUUAAAUCUAGUAUAAUGCAGAAAGCUUAGUUACAAAGAACAAACUUAGUUUUCGUGAUAUUAUUUCAUUCUGUCAUUCGGGAAAGAAAAGGAUGGAAAUAGUAACCUCGCCUAUUUAGGCAUAUGACAGGUGUCGGUGCACAGACAGCUUGUAUGUUUAUAAUAAAUGUAUCAUUUAAUUUGCAAUUGUACCAUGAAAUGUGAAUUACAUGUGCAUAUGUUAAUUGCUGUAAUCGCCUAAAAUACCUGUUCGAUAUAAAACGUGAUUUCUCAUAUCUACACAAAUGGAGCAGAUAAAGAUUCCUAAGGUAGAAAAUGUGAGAAUGUUGGAUAAAUACAGCAUCAAUCAUUCCGUCGGUACACUUUAUUUAACAGUGACACAUCUCAUAUUUGUUGAAAGAAGUGGCAAGAAGAAAAUGUGGGUAAGUUAUUAUAGGGUUCUUAAUAAUUAUUUGUUUCAGAGUUUUAGAGAUAAUGCAUUUGCAACAUGCUAUUUAACAAUGACAUUAUUACGAUUGCAGGUAUUAUAUACUCAUAUAUCUAAUAUCGAAAAACAGCCAUUGACUACAAGAGGUUCGCCAUUAUAUAUUAAGUGCAAACAUUUCUUUAUUACCACAUUUGUUAUUCCAAAGGAGCGUGAUUGCCAUGAAAUUUAUCUUACUUUAUUGAAAUUAUCUUGUCCAGCUAGUCUAGAAGAAUUAUAUUGCUUCACUUAUCAAGGGAGUGAAGAUACAUUACCCCGGCAUGCAGGAUGGAACUUUUUCAAUGUACAGAGUGAAUUUCAGCGACAAGGUGUCCCAAAUGAAGAAUGGUCACUUUCAUAUUUAAACUCUAAUUACGAACUUUGCGAUACUUACCCGAGGUACUUAUAUGUUCCUAGUAAAUGUACUAACAAUGUUCUACUGGGCAGUGCAAAGUUUAGAAGCAGAGGCAGGCUACCAGUCUUGACAUAUCUGCAUUCAAACAAGGCUGCCAUUUGUCGUUGCAGUCAACCACUCUCAGGAUUCAGCGCGAGAUGUCCUGAAGAUGAAGAAAUGAUGUAUAAUAUAUUAUGUACAAAUCCCAAUUCAAGGUAUAUGUAUGUUGUGGACACAAGGCCACGGAUCAAUGCUUUUGCUAAUAAAGCUGCAGGAAAGGGAUAUGAGAAUGAAAAUUUCUACGACAAUAUCAAAUUUCACUUCUUUGGAAUAGAAAAUAUUCACGUGAUGAGAACAAGUCUAAAUAAACUUAUGGACCUACAAAGAUCGACUUCCAUGAGCGCGUUUUUGAGUGGCCUAGAAAGCAGCGGUUGGUUAAAGCAUAUUCGCUCUAUCUUGGAGACAGCUUGGUUCAUCGCACGAGCAGUUUCGAACGGCGUGAGCGUGGUUGUGCACUGCAGCGAUGGAUGGGAUCGCACCGCGCAGGUGUGCUCUCUAGCUGCGCUAUUACUAGAUCCAUUUUACAGAACAAUUCAAGGUUUUCAAGCUUUAAUAGAAAAAGACUGGCUAUCCUUUGGCCACAAAUUCAGCGACCGGUGUGGCUACGUCAGCAGCGACGGUAAAGAGCUCGCCCCAGUAUUUACGCAGUUCAUAGACGCAACGUAUCAGUUGUUGCGACAAUACCCAUACAAAUUUCAAUUUAACGAAUACUUUCUGUUGACGUUGCAUGAUCAUGUACAUAGUUGCCAGCACGGCACGUUUAUCGGCAAUUCGGAGAAAGAAAGGCAAAUACUAAGAUUAUCCGAACGUACGUAUUCAUUGUGGGGCUAUUUGGCGAACAACACGAACGAGUAUAUAAACCCGAUCUACAGAUGCAAUCGUUACAACACCGACGACUCCAUUGAUGUUCUUCAACCUAAACUGGCGCCUCAAUCUAUCGUUCUUUGGAGAGGCUUGUACUUUAGAUUCGAGAAUGGUGUACACCCGAGAGAAUCAUGCGAAGAUUUGCUUUUGACGAUCUACGAUCAUACGAGCUCCUUGGAGGAUCACGUCAAACUUCUGCUGAAACGAGUCAACUCCUUGGGACAACUUCUGAAUUCAAAUAACACGCAGAAAAAAGGAAAACACAAGUUCGACAAUAAAUUCAUGGAGACUCUGCCAAAGGCUAUUAUAGAAAAUACCGCAAACCACGAUGAAAAGGCGAAGUUGAAGACGAAUCAGUUGGAGAAUGAAUUGAGAACGGUCGCUCUGGAGUGGAAGUCAUCGCGAAAUAUGGAAGAAUGUGGAUGCUCCACCACGUUCGACGCUUUUAACAAAAAGCAUCAUUGUUGGUCCUGCGGCUAUGUGUUGUGCACGAGGUGUAUGGCGGUACAUGCUAAAUUGCCUGGACACUUGUCGCAACGUGCCGUACCUACGUGCAAAUCGUGCUAUCAAAGCUCAGCAAUAACCUCCGCUAGUCAAUGGCUGCGUUCAGCGGAAUGAAACGCUUAGCGGUCGAUUAACGACGUGUUUCGAACAAUCUGACGUGUUCUGCUGACGUGUCCUCAAGUUGACCACUUCGUCAAAUGCUGGGAAAAACGUGGCGACCGUCGAGUAGACAUUGUCGCCGCGGAGCAUUUGGUGCUGUCGUUCGGCUAGAACAAUCCACUACGAAAGCGAUCGCGAAACAGUCGCGUCUCGCUAAAUUGAAAUGUAUUUUAACGCCCGAUGUAUAUUUACAAUCCGUGUUUGUACGUACAGUGUCUUUCAAAAAAAAGCAGUGUGAAAUAAUGAGGAAGCGUAGCGCGUGUGAAGCAAUAUUACAUUAUUACAACUUCAACUACUUACGACUCUCUUUAUCUCUUUGGAUUUUAUUUCGUUCACAAUCAAUCGAUACAAAUAACGUAGUACCUGAUUAUAUUAAUGUGUACCGUGUGGGCUUAUUUUUAACUCAAAUAAUUCUAUAACACAUUGAAAUUGACGAAUAUUACAUGAAAUAAUUAAUAAUAAUGACAAAUUGUUAUCUCUCAUUCAACUAUUAUGGUGGCAGAUCGAUGCUCCGCAUAAAUAAACACUUACAUCGCAGGUGAAUAAUUCCUAAACUCUUUCUCUUUUAUAUUUUCCAUCAUGCAUUUUUAUAAUAAUUAUAUAUAACACAAUAUUUUAGGGAAAGCAGCUAUGCCUAGAGUUAUCGAAAUAUUGGAGAAACAAAAUCCAAUUUGCACAUUUAUAAAAUACCAGACAGAGCUGAACUGCAGCUGCACUCGGCUCCACCAUAAUAGUUGAAGCACAUGGUAUCUAUUAAAUGACACAUCUUUCUCACUCUCUCUUAUUCAUACGCUUCACUUGUAAUUGCGGCCGAUAUUUCUCUACAAUCAUCUACUAAUUUAUCCGAUUGCGUUAUUGAAUCUAUGUACCGAGCAAAACGGGCCUAUUCUCUUAACGCUACAUUUCAAAAGAUUAUAACCAUCAUAAUAAGAAGUACACAAAUGCAUAAAUAUCGUGUGCUAUUAAGGCAUCUUCUGUUCUCUAACGGACAGUAAUCUUGCAAUUUUUUCUUUUAGAAUACAGAUGCAUCAUACAUUAUUCAUUAUAUAAAAGCGUAUGUAAUUCAAGAACAACUUUCUCAAAUAUAUCAGUGAUAAUUUA